AUGCUGAUACACGUCGCCGGAAGUUGAACUAUCCAAUUUACAUAGUCAACAUUGCAAUAUAGCCUGAAUAGGAAAAAGUCGGUCAGGUCAAGCUUUUGAAAUGUAAAAAGAUGUAAUAGGCUUGUCUGAAGAAAAUGCUGAAAUCAGACAGAUUAAUAUAUCUGAUUUUACUGAAUCUGUUGUUGGGGUUUUCCAGUGGGGACCAGACUGUUUUAAAAGGAGAGGGAGGUGGGGCUGAGAAUGGUAAACUGGUGGGGGAGGAGUCGAAUGUUAGCACAGAAAAUCAGAAACAGCCCAAAGAGACAACAAAUGAUUUGUCAGGUGAACAGAAAAAAGACGAAGCAGAAAAGAAAGUGACAGUCUCCAAUGACCAGGGAGAUGUCUCUUCAGAUACUGCCACACCCCCAGAAAACGAUCCCAGGAUAGAAACACAGAUUAAGCAAGAAGAUAAGAAAGAAAGCACUGACAAAGAUUUGACAGAGGCAAUAGCAAUUGAAAACAGAAAUUCCAGGACAUCUGUGAAAGGUUCCCCGGAUUCUGAGAAUGUGGAUGCAGUGGAGGAGAACAAAGCAACGGAGAACACAGACAGUUCUAAGAGGAAGGCUGAAAACCCCAACGAAUCAGAACCAGAGAGUUCCAGGGAAACACCGGACACAGAAACCCAGGACUCCACAGUUCCAUUAACAGACAGUGAAGAGAAACUCCCGCAGCAACCAGAGGGGUUUUCCACUCAGGUUCAGGGGGAAAUUUUACCCCCGACCUCUCAAAUCGGGGUCAAAGAGGAAGAAUCUGCUGAAAAAGACUUUGAAACAUUUUCUGAAUGGCGACAAAAAGCAUUAGCUGAAGAAGAAAAGAACAAGCAGAAAGUUGAGAUAUCAGAACAAGGAGUUCCAGCACCCAAGAAACAGAAUGGGAAGAAAGUGAACUAUGCUUCUAAAGACUGCGGAGCCAAGAUUCUGGGCAGCAACCCCGAGGCCGAGAAUGUGGACCGAAUUUUAACUAGCAAUAAAGAUGACUACAUGAUCAACCCUUGUACUGUCAGCAAAAAGUGGUUUGUGAUUGAGCUGUGUGAACCGAUUUAUAUCAAUGAAAUUGAAGCUGGCAGUUUUGAAUUGUUUUCUUCUCAACCAGAGAACAUUAGUGUCAGUGUUAGUGACAGAUACCCAGCCAAAGAGUACCACAAUCUGGGUGUGUUCACGUUAACAGAGACCCGAGGCCUGGACCAGUUUCGAACCAAAGUGGAGAAUAAUUUUUUUGUGAAGUAUGUGAAGGUUGUGAUGCUUACUCACUACGGGGAGGAACACUUCUGUCCACUGACAAUGUUCAGGGCUUAUGGAAUACCAGUGGAGUUAGGUGAUGAUGAUGAUGAUGAUGACCUGGACACUCAUCAAGAUGAGGGUGAGCACCGGGGAGACAAUGGUGAAGCUCUUGACAGUGCAGAGGGAACUGAUUCACCGAAAAACUUGUUCUCCAGUGCUAAAGAUACUGUAAUGAAACUGGUGAAGAAGGUCCUAAAUGUAGAGGAGAAAAAGGAAAACUCACAGCUCAACAAUACUCUGCCCUUGAAUGGCACUGCUGAAGUGAAUAAGACUGCAGCGCUGGAGAAAAUGAAACCUUGUGAACCAACUGCAGACAGCAUAACAACAAAGAAGAACAGUGAUGAGCCUGUAGAUAAAGGAGAGAUCCAGCCUCAGCCCCCUACCCUCACGUCCAGUCCUGCACAUCAAGAGAAGCCAGGUCAUACUUCAGGGAUUCCUUGUGAUGAAAUGAAACCAGAUCCCUUAGACCCUGUUUCCAUAGUUACCAAGCUUGAAGACCAUGAACAAAUGCCUAGUGAACAACUGAAGCCCCCCAUGGUUUCGCUGAUACAGAGCGGAGAUGUAGCUAAGUCUCCUUCUCUGUAUAAGAUGUUUUUAUCAUGUAUUCUUCCUGCCAGAUAUAAGACACGCAAACGACAGAACUCUACUUUGUCAAUGUGUAGUUAUGUGAGGGCAUUGAAAGAAAACUGGUUCUGCAUACCAGGAGAAUUCACCUUGCCCUCUACUUGUUCUUCAAUGUCAAGGUCACAUGAAUCAUCCACAGUGACAAAAGUAAUUACGGUGGAAGAUACUAGUGCGGUAUUAACCACACCUUCCUCUGACAUGAUGGACACUUCAACAGAGAGAAAGGCAGACACAGAGUCACCUUGUUUUAUCCCCACACCAGUGUCCACUGCUGACAGUCCUAUUUCAACAGUAUCACAGGUUUCUACCAUGGAUUCUGAAAUUCCUGUCGAGGAGAUCAAAGUUAUAACAAAAGAAACAAAAGUUCAAGAUCAUCAUCAAUCUCAAGUUUUGUCCACCUCAACCAAGACAAUGGACAAAACUGAAAUUCCAGAUGUUAAAACAACAGUCUCUGUUUCUAUGGAAAACACAUUAGCUACAGAAAUAGCAGAAUCUGUGUCGUCAACUACCCCCACAAUAUUGGAACCCAGUCAGAAGACCAGGUUAGAACCAAGUGUUGUUAUUGAAGUCAGCACAGACUCGACAUCGGAGACACCACAACUGCAGCAGAUGGAAACUCUAACAACCAGCCUAGUGACUGAAGCAGCUUCACCCUCCUCUACACCAAUGUCAGCAGAUGAAAGUAAAACAGAGCAGAGAAUGCAUCUCCCAGAAGUCAAUGUUGGUUCCAUCAGCACCAGCACUGCAGUGCAGAUGGAGAGUUCUCAGGACACCGUCACAGAGGACCGUCCAACGUCAGAGGAGGGAGAAAAGUCGACAGGAACAGGGCUGAAGGAUUCUGAGGCUAAAGUUCCUCCCACCUCCCACACAGCAGAGACAAAGUCUGAACCAAACUAUACACUGUCGGCAGAUGAAAUUGUAUACACACCACAGAAAAACCUCAGAUUGGUCAAAGUCCCAAUUUUGCCUCUUCAAAAACGUGAAACGGCCAUAAUGAGACUGACCAACAGAAUCAAAGCACUGGAGACUAAUGUGUCACUCAGCAGCAGGUUUUUGGAUGAAAUGACCCAGAAGUUCAAGAAACAGUCAGAAGAAAUGCAGAAACUCCUGACUGGCAAAUUUGAGAAUGUAACCAAGGACCUAAAGGAGGCAGAGCUUAGGGACAAACAACAACAGGAGCAGAUCAUUUAUCUAGAGCACCGCUUAGAUAAUCUGACAGAUUUUGUGUACAAACUGCAUGACGAGAUGUCUGACCUUAACAAACAGGUCACUGAUAGACAGGUGAUUUUUACAUCUGUUGAGGUUUUCGUUCUGUUCUGCAUUCUCAUUUUCUGUCGUCGCCGUGCAAAGACCUCCAUUGCAGACCUUCCACCAGAGGUCAGGCGACUGAUUGAAAGAAUUCCAGUCACUAUGGAUGUUUCCAGUGCACCUAGGCGAAAUUCUUACACUGAAGGAGCCUCAAAACAAAAGAAAUUACUGACACCUGAGAACAAAUUACAGAAACACGGCAGUGAAUCCUCUCUAGCCAACUCUGUUUCUGUCUCCAGUUCUGUAAGCUCUGUAGCCCAUGGAUCUAUAGAUCAGCAAAGAGAUUUUCAGAGAAGAAAAAAGAAAAAAAGGAAUAAAGUACACUUAUCCAAGUCUGCAGAAAUCCAUAAUGUGCCAGAAGGUUUGAAAAAUAUCAGCACUGAGAGUCACAACGAGGCUGGUCUGUUAUUUACCAGUAAUAAAACAGAAUUAUCACCAACUUCAGUGCCAGAGACAGGUUCUAAUGGAUUGUCGUCCUAUUUCUGGAAAGAUAAACAGUCAGCACACAAACUGGCACAAAAGAGGGCCAGCUGUCCCAGCCCUCCCACAGACAGAGGUCAACAGUCCAGCAAAUCCUUGAAUGGUCCUAGAACCGUAAAAAAAUCUGUAGCUUCAGCAGAAUGUGCCGUUCCUAGCCGAGUUAGUAAAAAUGGACACUGUGUGUUCGUGUACCCAGUUGUUGAGUCUUUAUCACCAACUAUGUCUUGUUCAAAACCUCUCAAUGGUCAGUACAGUGGACGACCUCCAGACAAAAACUGUGCUGUACAAAGUGGACAGUCCAAAAAGAAAUCGCAUAAACGAGCAUCCAGUGUAGACUUGUCACCACGCAAGGGAGAUAAAUCUGUUUCAUUUUGGUGAAAACUUUUUUUCAGCUACUCUUUUAGUUUUGGCAUAAACACACUGGAAUCUAAAAUAAAAUUCUAUUCCAUGUUUUGCAAAAUAUUUGAAAUCCUUUUAUUUGUUUUCUUUUGUACAGUGACAGUGCACUAUUUGUGAAACAUUUCUAUAUUCAUUAUCGUUAGAAAAUUGUGAGGAUUUACCAAGGUUUUUUCCUUAUCCUAUUGUCAAGUAAUGGUGCUAUUUUUUUGUGUCCUUUGCUUACAAGAAAUGAAAAUCAAUUUGGGUGCAUGUAAACACAACACACAUUAUUGAUUCAGUAUAGUUAUUAAUAGUUAAUGAAAAUCAGAACGAUACAUUCCAUAGAAAACAAUCAUUUACUGCUUGUGCUUUCUCCACGUUUUCAUGGUUCAUCAGGCAGUUCAAAUAUUUAAAAAAAAAAAAAAAAAAAAUUACCAUGGCUAAGCUGAAGUUGAAUUCUUUAUUUAGACUUUGAUUAAAACUUUAAACCCUGAAAAAUACUGAAAGUCGAUGCCAACAUGAACUGAAAAUCUAAUUUUAUGUGCCAUGUGCCCAUAGGAAAAACCAACAAACUAUGCACAAGGAAGGGUCUAUAUGCAACAAAUUAAAGAUCACCCUGUAUUGCAAACAUUUUGUUGAUUGCAAGGGUGUAAAUUAAAAAUUUUUACAUUUUUUAAAAUGUGGACUAAUAAUGAAAUUAUAGCUCUUGGAGCCAAAGAGGACUAAUCCUAUAAAUCUUUUGAAUCCAAGCUUAAACAGAGAGUAAUUACUUGAACAAUUCAACUUAAACCUGUGGUAUUUUGUUAUAAAACAUGUGUAACUUGUUGACAAUACAAAGUGAUACCUGUAACUUUAUUGUGACAUCAUAAAGGAAUCGUUAAACUGAAGUCAUCACAAAAAUGUUGAUAAACUUCCUAAAGCACCGUGUAAAUAUGGAGAUAGCACUAGCAGUGAACUUUUUGGGGGGGGGGGAGGGUGGGUGUCAUUUUGAUUUUUAUCAACUAAAGUAUAUUUAUAUAUAUAUAUAUAUAUAUAUAUAUAUGUAUAUAUAUAUAUAUAUAUAUAUAUAUUACUAAAUAUUGACAAUUUUUUGUUGUCAAAAUCGGUCAUUAGAGACACAUUUUGUUAAAGUCUUGAGAUUAUUGUCCAUUAACUUAUGAUUUUUGUACAGUUAGUACCGGUGAGAGUUAUGAAUCCUAGUGCCACUGUUAUAUAAUCUGUAUUUCGAUUGGUUAAUGCACGGAGGUUUGAGGCAGUUAAAUGCCACUGUUAUAUAAUCUGUAUUUCGAUUGGUUAAUGCACGGAGGUUUGAGGCAGUUAAAUGAGCAUUGAUGAGAUGGAAAGCUUUUGAUUGUGAUGUCAUCCUGGAAUGACGCAAAAACUUAACGUCAAACAUUUUGUAACAUUUUAUUAAACAAAGGCAAAAUUGAACAAAAUAAGAGAAAAACAUCAAGAUACUGCAAAAUUAUAUAAGAAUGGGAAUAGCUAUCUUAUUUGUUAUUUGCAACUGUUAAUGCUGAAACAUUCAAUUUACUGGCUUAGCUAAUACAUCACCAUUAAAACUCAGUUUGCUACCACUAUCAGCAUUAAUGGUUGCAAACAACAAAUGAGAAGAUGCUUAUUUCCUAAUUUAUGUGACCAUACUGUAAAUUAAUCAUUGCCAGGUUUAGUUCAUUAGACAUUAGAAGAUAUGGUAUUGGGUUGUGCUUCUAUUUUAUUGACACAAUAUAAUCGUGAAUGACCUAUAUGUUUGUUCAUCCACCUGCCUCUGUCUUCUCGCAGCACGUCUUUUAGGUAAGAUUUAAAAUUAAAAGAUUUCCAAUUCCCAUAUUAUAAUGUUCUUGUGAACCCAGUUUAUUAUUGUGCAAUUUGGUUUAGCAAAAUGUAAUACAUUUGCUUAAAAGAUCUUGAUAGCUAUAGCUAUUAAGUGCUUUUGUUUCACAGGGGAGUGAAAUGUACAUGUAUAUCAGCUUAGCUAUUAAGUAUUUUUGUUGGAAAUUUGUAUUAUCAAAGGGGAGUGAAAUGUAUGUAUGUAAAUCAGCUGUUUAGUAUUUUUGUUUUGAUAAACAAUCCACAGGCAAUGGGGAUACCAGAUUCUUUUGCGGGGGGUGGGGGGUUCUAGUUGUCUGAUCUAAAUAAGAUUCAUACCUCCAAAAUCUUUAGAUCACACAAUAUUAACAAAUACAAUGGAACAACAUUACAGUCUGCACAGCAUCCAGGUUAGACAGGUUUUACUGUAAACGUUUUCAGAUUAAAUAGGUUUUACUGUAAACGUGUUUGUCUGUGUUUUUGUAAAUGUCAAAAUCUUAUCAGAUAAAUAUUUAUACUUUAUAUAUACAAACUUUCUGUCCUGGACUGGGAAUAGUACAUGUUUAUGUGACAGAUUUAUAAGUGAGUGGGUGGGUGGGGUUAGUUCUGGCACCAUGCCUAGCAUAGUGUUUCAGAAACACAUCUCCAGGGUGCUUUUUGUCCGUGCUAGCUACUGCACAUACAAUAGUGAUGUUAUUCCUGUAUCUAUUGUCAUUUUCUGGAUGUAUUAAUUUUGUUUUGAAUCUUACAAUUGCAAUAUCAAGUUCUGUUCUAUUUGAUUAUCACCCUACCUUCAUUUUGUCUGUUUUAUUUGAUUAUCACCCUACCUUCAUUUUGUCUGUUUUAUUUGAUUAUCACCCUACCUUCAUUUUGUCUGUUUUAUACAGGUUGUUUCAUUUACCUGUUUUUCUUGUUCCCCGUCUUUGCUUAAUGGUAAAAUUAAUUAAUCAAUUUCAUUAGUCAUGACAAUUUUUACAUACUGUGCUCUUUUUAAUUGUAGUAUUAAGGAACAGUUUUGUUUUGUUCCAAAAGUAAAAAUGUGGAUGGAUUAUGUUCAGACAGCUAGCAAAUAGAUAGAGGCCCGUGUGUGUGUUUGUGUACAUGCAUGUGCAUUUCUUUUGCAUUGGAUUAUGGGAAUAGUCAAUCAUGCCAAAUUGAUUCAUUACAAGAUGGAAUUUAAUUGCUAUUUCUGGUAGUGAUAACUGUGUGCUGACAGACAAUGCAGAAUUGUAUUUUGUUGACAUUCCACGAGUAUGAUUGUGUUAAUCCAUCGGUUAUUUAAACUGUCCAAAUCCUUAUCGUUCUGUCAUCAUGUUUUCUGUGGCUUUUUGUUAUUUUCUGGAAAAAGCAUGCAACCUAAUGUUGAGAUUAAUGCAAUUGAAUCUCACUUCUCUGAGAUGAAAGUUCAGAUGCUUUUGUUGGGGAUAAGAAUGUUGGGCUUGUGUUGUAAUACUGUAGAAACAAUUGUUUUGUGUAUUUAUUUAGUGUUGUUGAUUUGGAGUUCAAUGUCAACUAGAACAAACAUUAUUUUGGUUUGACUAUUAAAUGCCGAAGUCCAAAGAUGUCAAGCCAAUGCAGUUACAUUGUUAUAUCUAUUUUUAAAAUGCUGUUAAAUAAAAAUGAUUGGGGAAAAUC